AUGGAAACAUUUUACUAUGGCCUGUGCUCAGUUACUCAAGUGUAUCUGAUUUGCUGUCUAGUUAAAUCACUCACAGAGAGCCUACCUGUGGAAAGCACUUCUCCUCGUGAUGGUGAUCUAAAACUCAUCGAUGGCCCAUCGCCUACGACGGGAACGGUGCUUGUCUAUCGAGGAUACAGCUGGGGUAGGAUUUGCGACGACCACUGGACUAUGCUCGAGGCGCAGGUGGUUUGCCGGCAGCUGGGAAUGGGACACGCUCUAGAAGCCCAUCGAAGAAAUCGAUAUGGAUCAAAGAUUCAGGCCACGUACCUCAUGGAUGAAGUACACUGCACCGGGCGAGAGCAACGUCUGACUGACUGUCGCUUCUCCGAGUGGGGAGCACAUGACUGCAAACAGAAUGAGGAAGUUGGCGUCAAGUGUUCCGAUAAUGCUCCGGUCAUUCUGAAACCGGCGUGGAACCCGCUCAGGCUGGAGCUGAAUCGGACCGAGUUAGAACGCUUAGCAUCCACUAGUAUAUCGCUUGCUAUUCCGAAAAGCAUACUAACGAGGCAUGGAAACACAGGAAAAUUUAAAGAAAAAUUGGCAUCGUUUCACCCGGUUUUGGUAAGCUUCAUAGACGGAUCCAUAGGCACAGUGUGCCCUGAGCACUUUCAUGCAACCGAAGCCAUCGUAUUCUGCCGGCAGAUUGAUGCAGGUAUUGGUGGCCGCGUGGUUCCAAUUCCACGGCACCAUGCCGGAAUAGGUGGAAAUUACUCUGUUGCUAUUAUCGGACACUGUUACGGGAACGAGACGAGUUUGAUGCAGUGUCGAACAUACGCCGAUCCUGCUGGAGUGUAUUGCAAGUCCGAUUUGGCGGUUGCGGUGGAGUGUGUGCACAGUCUGCCAGAUUUGGUACCAGAUCGAUACAGUUUGGAGAGUUCGUCAUACGUACAGCGAAUGAGCCUGUGGUUGCUGGAGUGCGCACUGGAAGAAAACUGUCUGCCUGACACAGUCUACCGUAUCAUCGACAGGAAUCCUGACACUUAUGCCUGGAUGACAAGAACACUGUUGCGUUUCUCGUCGAUCAUUGAAAAUGUUGGCACAGAUGUAUUCAAACCAUUGGAAGAGCCGGAAAAAUGGGAAUGGCACGCAUGCCACAUGCAUUACCACAGUAUGAAAGUCUUUUCACGUUACGAAGUUAUCGAUCUUGAGAAGCGACUGGUGUCAGUUGGACUUAAAGCCAGUUUCUGUUUGGAGGACAACCUAUGCCAACCUGGCUUGCCUGCCAAAUUUCGGUGCAGCAAUGUCGUCGACAGAAAGGGUACACAAGGUAUUUCACCCGGAUGUCGUGAUAUGUAUCUGCACGAUUAUGAUUGCCAAUGGGUGGAUAUAACAGAUGUAGCUCCUGGAAAGUACACGUUUCAAGUUUCUUUCAAUCCCGACUUCCUGGUACCUGAAUCCAAUUUUUUCAACAAUGCUCUCAGUUGCGAGCUUCAUCACAUGGGUUAUCAUGCCGUGUUACGGCGGUGCGUUUACAAACACCCGAAUGACCUUCAUUGA